GUGGGGCGACCUCGUCCCCGGUUCGCGCAUGAUGUAUUAUUUUACGUGGGCUUUGAUUGGAUGACCUCAUCAUUUCUCUCUAUUCCCUCCGCUUUGUGAUUGAGUCUCGAGUCUCUCAACACCGUCAACGCCGCCAACUCGCCUCCUGCACAUGCUUUAGCUAGCAGUCAAUUGACGAUGGUUUACCAGACCUAGCUGAUAUCGAUCUGAAUUAUUACCAGAGACCUAUUAUACACAUUCCGCACGUCGACUGCCGCUGACCAUGGCUAUCGUCCGACGAAUCGCAUUGCGCCAGAGAUUCCUUUUAUACCGCCACCCGAAUUCCACAAACCAUCUCACUCGUCAAUGGACUAGAUUAGUUAGCACCGAAAGAGGAGAUAAUGAUGCAGGGCGCAAGCGUGGGAGUGCAGGAAAGUUUCUGGGUGGAAUGUUGGUAGUCCUUGCGGCUGGAAGUGCAGUUGUUCUAUAUCCGUCUUUCACCAAAGAACCCCCAAAGCCACAACAAGCCGUCAUUGAGUACGAGAAGUCCCGACCGCCUAGUGAGUCUAAAGAAGAAAACCGGGAUAUAAUAAGUAGUCAACAUCUCCAAGUCAAGAAGAGUUGGGAACACCCGGGCGUUUAUGCAUGGGGUUCCAACUCAGGUCGAGUAGCUGCACCCGAUUCAGCUGACAGCGUUAUAAAGACGCCACGAAGGAUACCAUAUUUCGACGGGAUGCUCCUACGAGAUAUGAAGCUAGAUCGCGACUUUGGGGCGGCGAUUACCGAGAAAGGCGACCUUGUGCAGUGGGGUGUGGCUUUCUCAAAAGCCAACCCAACUCCUGCGGAAACGCUGAGAGGCAAAGAUCUUGUCAAGAUCGAAAUAUCGCGUGACCGUAUAAUUGCCUUGGGAAAGAACGGAACUGUCUACUCAGUGCCUGUAGCGAGAGCCGAUCAGACUUCUGGCGAGAAGUCACAUCAGACGUCCUGGUUCUCCUUUUGGUCCAGCCCGGAAACUGUUAAUUAUCGACAGCUUAAGCCUAAGAAUCUCAGUUGGGGUGAAAGCAUUGUCGACAUUGCCAGUGGUCUAGAGCAUACUCUACUCUUAACAUCUAAGGGGCGCGUCUUCUCUGCUGCUUCCAGCACGUCUGAUUUUCCCUCUAAAGGACAGAUGGGUAUACCGGGCUUAACUUGGGCAACUCGACCAAAAGGGCCUUACGACGAGCCACAUGAAAUUCUUAGUUUAAAGGGGUUUAAAAUUGGAAAAGUUGCCGCUGGUGACUACCAUUCCUUAGCACUCAACGACGACGGACAUGUCUUCGUCUUCGGUGACAAUACUUCUGGUCAGUUAGGUUUCGAAGUGGAACCCCAGUUCCCUUUUAUUGAUGCUCCGAUUCCUUUACCAUUUACCAAAAUUUACAGCGGUUCGGGACAACAACCGCGUGUGACGUCAAUUGCAGCCGGCGGUGCAAAUUCAUUCUUUACGGUGGAUGCGAAGCGAGUUGCCGGGCAAAGAGAGGACGCCAAUUCUAUCAAGGACAUAGGCCGAGUUACCGCCGAUACUUGGGCUUGUGGCUCUGGUAUUUGGGGCAGCUUAGGUACGGGUAAAUGGACACAUGUUUCACUCGGCCCUUCCAAGAUCAAAUCGCUCUCUGGAAUUUUUGAGUGGGAUGAAAAGACGGAUUCAGUUGUCCCAAUCCGCCUAGCCCGAUUAAGCGCUGGUAGUACUCACGUAGCAGCAGUGAUGGACAAUGUUACUUCAGUUGAUGCAUCUGAUAUCAGCUCGUAUAAUGAUACAAACUGGGGUGCAGAUGUAAUGUUUUGGGGUGGCAACGAGCAUUACCAGCUAGGGACAGGAAAGCGGAACAACGCCGCCUUGCCAACUUACAUCGGACCCCUAGAUGGUGGGGAGGGUGACGCAGAGAAAGGACGACAGGGCGAACAACACAGAUUUCAGAUCACACCUCGAACAACAGUUAAGAUCGGCGAGGGCGGCUCGGGAAGAAAAGUCAGCAUUGAGCAGCGGGUAGAGUGUGGACGUUUCGUGACAGCUGUAUAUUCCGGAGCAUAAAAGUCGUUUAUAGGGACUUCUAUGGAUUUACCCCUUGGUGUAUAUUAAAUCAUUGUCAAAUGGGAUAGGCGGUUGGCUGGAAUCAUGGACUUGGAUUAGAGAUGCUUGGCAUGAGCACGAGGUCCUUUGAUCAUUCUGGAUCUAUAUUGAUACCCCCUUCUCAAUCUAUUCACACAUGUAGUUAUACAUAACAUUCAUUUUACAAUAUCCCUGCUUGGGUUUCUCGCAUUUGGCCCUUCUUUAAAUGGUCUCUCAAAUGUCAGCUCGGGUCGAACUCCAACCGAGCGCGCGAUUAGUUCACAGGGCUCACACAGAUAUGUUAUCGACCGAGUCGUUAUAUAUGUAGAUACGUUUCAAUGCUUUUGCUAAACGAAUGUCACGCUAGGUAAUAGAUUGUUUUUAUGAUUCGUGUCGUGUUGAAGGUUCC